UUCACUUCAUUUCAAUUCAAAUAAAUUCUCUAUGGUCUCUCUUUUCGCUUCAAAACAAUCACCACCUCUUUCUCUAGCAUAUUCUUAAACCUCUUCAAAAUUUUCACUCAUCUUUAUCACCUUUUCUUCACUUUCAUAACCUUCACAUUUUUUCCUUCACAUCAAUCUUUGCAUAAUUCACGCCAUGUUUUGAGCUUAUCUUUUCAUUCGAGGUGAAAAGAUAAUGGUGGAGAUUUGAAAAGGACAAAGAGUUAUACUGAAAACACAACUCUGGCCAAAUUUGUAGAGAUAGCUAAACCAACCGGAACAGGCUUUGGUCAUCUGUUCUCCGGUUUUCGAUUUUGUUCAAACAGGUUUCUAUGUCUUUUUCUACCCCUUCCUACUGAUUAUGGUUAACAGUUGAUUCCGUGUAAUGGCUGUUGUGAAUGUGGUACAAGCAGCAAUUUGACUGAAAAGGAAUAGCUAAGAAGAUUGAAUUAUAGGAUUUAGUAUAGGAUUCAUAUUUAAGGAUGGAAAUACUAAGGUGCUUUUCUGUUUUGAAUGAAAGGAAGGUGAAAAAAAAGGUGGGGAAAGAAAAGUAUUCUAAAGAGAAUUUCGAUACUCUACUUGCCAAACUACAACACUCGGUAUCAUUCACGACAUGUAAUUCAGAGCCGACCACUUUUGAUCUUACUGUAACCAAUGGUUUUCAGAAAAAUUCGAGGAACAAUGUUAGGGUUAUGAGUCUUGAGAGUCCUGUGAAGGCUGAAGGAGGAGAAUCUUAUGAAGGUGGAGAUGAGAAUGAGAAUGAAAAUGAAAAUUCUCCCUCAAUUAAGAAGGAACUCUCACAUUUAUAUCCCAAACUUGAUGAACCUGUUGCAAGCAAAGAAAGGUAUGGUCCAACAGAUAACGAGCAAGCCACCAAUGAGUUUGAAGAUCAAAGCGAUAGGUACAGCCGAAAGAGCGCUGAUACAAACAAUAGUGGACAUGCGAGUGAUCCUGGUAUUGGAAAGACUGAUUUCUUGGGUUCACCAAAGCUCAAGAGAUCGUGCUCUAACCUUGAAAGCAGGGAUGUUCGUAUGCAGAUAAAUGAAUACUUGUCUCCUUUGCAGGCACAGUCUUUUGAAGACUUUCGAGAUUUAUCAAUAAACCCAAUGGUUAAUCUUAAGAGGUCUAGGUCCAUGACAAGUCACUGCAGUGCUGAUCGAGUAAUGUUGAAACGGCAUUCUUCAAGUCGAGUACUCCCGUCUGGAAGUAAAAAAUUGUGGUGGAAGUUGUUCUUGUGGAGCCAUAGGAACAUACAUAGAACAUUCUCUAGAAAAUCAAAACUUGUUCCUGCUACUAGUUCCUUAAGCAAUCAAAUAGGGUAUUAUUCAGACACCCUCGAACUAAAACAAAUGAAGACGCUGAGACAUGUGCAAUCGUCUGCGUCAUUUACUAUGCGCUCCCCUAAUAAAAGCAUCAAUGGUGAUGAUCAAAGGCAGAGCAGAUUUCAAAACCAAUGGUUUGCUUUUUCGACAGAGACAUCUUCUUAUGCGAGGGUCGAUGCAUGGGUCAAAGAUCUUGAAAUUCAGGAGCCAGUGCCGGAGGAUGAUCCUCUUGAUGACAUUGCCGGAAGCAUUUCCUUCCCACCUUCUCCUGAUGCCGGUAGAUCAAAGAUAAUAAGCACUUCUCAAUUGACUCAUUCAAAUUCCAAUCUUCCGAAGGAUAUUUUGUUAGCCAAUAGUAUGGUCCAGUCUCUAAAUCCAGCUUCAUCGGUUGCUCACAUAUCCGGUGUUGGUAUAAAAGCCAUCCCUGUGAUCUCACACUUUUCCAAUCUCCGCUCAGUCAAUCUGUCCAACAAUUUCAUAGUUACAAUCUCACCAGGAUGUCUACCAAAGAGUGUUCAAACACUUAAUUUGUCAAGAAACAAGAUUAGCACCAUUGAGGGCCUCAAAGAAUUGACUCGGCUGAGAGUACUUGACCUAAGUUACAACUGCAUAUCAAGAAUUGGACAAGGUUUGUCAAGUUGUACAAUUGUCAAAGAGCUAUAUCUUGCUGACAACAAGAUAAGUGAUGUUGAGGGGCUUCAUAGGUUGUUUAAGCUAACAGUUCUGGACUUGAGCUUCAACAAAAUCACGACAACAAAAGCAUUAGGCCAGCUAGUGGCUAACUACAACUCACUCCAGGCACUUAAUCUACUCGGAAAUGCUAUUCAGAGAAACAUCGGUGAUGAACAACUAAACAAAGCAGUAUCUGGUCUACUUCCAAAGCUGGUGUACCUGAAUAAACAACCCAUCAAGGCUAAAAGGGCGAUGCGGGAAAUAUUGACCGAUAGUGUUGCAAAAGCUGCACUUGGGAACAGCAAGAAGCGGAGCUAUGUAAAAAGAUCGGUAAGCCAAGGAGGUUCAAGUUCCAGCAGAGGUCAUAGAAGCAGUGCAAGUGUUGCACCGAAUAGCAGGAUCCGGAGAAGGAGGUGAAAUUCAGGUUAACAGUUGGUCGUUAAAGAAACAACUCAUUAAAAACUGUUUAUUUUGGUAUUUUACAAUGUUUCAUUUGUUUAUAAAUAAGAGGGUAGUUGCUCUUAAAGUAACAACUCAUUAGAAAACUAUUUAUUUUGGUAACUUACAAUGUUUAAUUUGUUUAUACAAUAAGAUGAAACUUUGCGUUAUGCGAUGAAUAAUGUCUCUUGGUUUGUUAAGUGUUGAACUGAUGAGUUAUUCAUUGUCUUCAACUUUUGUGUGUGAAACUUGAUAUGAUCAUCUGGGUUUCAUGA